CCCCAUCACGAUGUGUAGGAAUUAAUGAUGCAGCAAACACUGUAAGAUAUGGAAUUGGUAUUAGUAGGGUCAGUUGUUUGUAGUUAUUUUCUCUAAAUUUUGAAAAUGUUAUUUUUUCAGUGUGAAGAAAGAGCAGUCUUCUUCACUCAUAAAAAAGCCACCAGCAGGGCAUAUUGUGUGUCAUACUCACAUUGUCUCUCCAUCCAGGUAUUUGUGCCAUGACCCUCACCCUGCAACCGGGGCACAUACAGGAAGUCAGAGGAACGUAAGGUACAUACAGGACACUCCGUUCUGUCUCAGACUUGGACACCUCCUCCCUGAUCCAUGUCAGAUUCCAACACAAGUGCCUUCACCAACCCCUCCACCUUCAUCCUGCAGGGCAUCCCUGGCCUGGAGACAACCUACACAUGGAUCUCCAUCCCCUUCUGCACCAUAUAUGCCACAGCUAUCUUGGGCAACAUCACCAUCAUGUUCAUCGUGAAGACGGAGCAAACUCUCCAUGGUCCCAUGUACUAUUUCCUGUGCAUGCUGGCCACUAUCGACCUGAUUCUGUGUACAUUUCUUUUCAAUUCCAGGGAGAUCGAUUUCAAUGCCUGCCUUGCCCAGAUGUACUUCAUUCACUGCUUCUCAUCGAUGGAGUCUGGGAUCCUUGUGGCCAUGGCUUUUGAUCGCUAUGUGGCCAUCUGUGAUCCCCUGAGACAUUCCACCAUCCUGACCAACCGGGUGGUGGCCAAGAUCGGCCUGGCUGUGGGGAUGCGCAGUGCUAUAUUUGUGCUGCCCUACCCUCUCCUAACAAGGCAGUGGCUUUAUUGCAGAACCAACAUCAUCCCCCACUUGUACUGUGGGCAAAUCGCCGUGGUGAACCUGGCCUGCACUGACACCCAACUUAGCAGUUACUACGGCCUCUUUGUGCUCUUCUCUGUAAACGGUGUUGAUAUCAUUUUUAUCAUUGUGUCCUACAUUCACAUCCUCAGGGCCAUCUUCCGCCUCCCUACCAAGGAGGCCCGGCUGAAGACUUUCGGCACCUGCAGCUCCCACCUCUGCGCCAUCUCAACUUUGCACAUCCCAGAUUUAAUCGCCUCCCUCUUGCGCCGGUUUGGCCACAACAUGCCCCUUAGUUUCCUCAUUCUCUUCGCUAACGUGUAUCUUGUGGUGCCCCCCAUGCUACACCCCAUCGUCUAUGGGGUUAGAACCAAGCAGAUCCGCGACAGGCUGCUCCGGCUGUUUACACAUAAAGAGACCUAAACUUUUUCUCCCAGGGAACGGGCUUUUGGACUAAGCUCCAUGCAGACCUGGCUAGUGGCAUGGUGCAGAAGCCUUCUUCCUUGAAGCACUUACUGAAUGCUCAGAGAGACACUAAACACUUUCGGUGGCCUUACUGUGCUGUGUUAGGAGGGUGAACUGGAGAAUCAGUCAAUGUACAAGACACUUGAUUGUCAUCUUUCUAGUUCCUGAUAGACAUGAAACGCAUGAAUCAACACCUCCUCUUCUACCUCUUCUCUCAAGACCUUGAUACUUACUCCUUUCUUCUACUCCACUUCUCAGUGGCUGGAUCUUUUUCAUCAUCCUGACCUCCUGCCCAGUUGUAAGGGAGCCAUUUCAGAUUUUUAUAUAGGUUGACAUUAAGUGUGAUUCCCGGGGUUACUUAAGCUCUUGACAAAUAUGGUUUUGUUUGGGGGUUUUUUGGCAGA